CACAGGCCCAAGCUUGUAAUAAACCAAAGAAAAUGCCACGUUUUAUGCCUAAUAAUAUCAAAGCAUUAAAGGGGAGGCUAUUCGAUUUUUUGUCUGCUCAAAAAUUAUACAUUUUAUUGGACAUUAGGGAUCAAAAAUAUAUUUAAGAGUUACAAUGAAUAAACGAAAUGACUGUUAUGUGAACCAUUGAGUCAACUGAAUAAAACGUUUGGCAUACUUUCCAGCAAACUUUAUUCCCUUAGACGAAACCUAUGCGAUGGAUGCCUUUCAUAAUUUUAUACAAUUUAAUGAAAAAAAAGUCUGUUCACAAAUGGUCACAAUGUCUUUUUACAACCGGUUUUCAUGACCCGUGGGAAUAAAAUGAUAAUAUUUGUCGAUCUAACCACAUAUUGCUCACAUUGCCCCACACUCCACUGUCAUAUCCGUUUCAUAUUUAUUGGCCCGUUGAUAUUUUUCCCAUCACUUUAGACUUAUCGAGAAUGGUUUUACAUCAUUCAUUCAAUGAUGUGCUGCGCACAAUUUUCAAAUUUUUUUCCCUACGUUCUAUUUGCCCGUUUGAAAGUAGCUAUAUCGGAAAAUGGAAAAUUUAUAACAGUUGUACGAGCAAGGAAUGUGAUUUUUCAUGAAUUAUACAUUUAAUAAUUUCCAUAAAACUCCUAUGUUCAAAAAGAUUAAAAUUUGGAGUCGUCGUUGCAUUAGCACUUGGGAUUAAUGGUGUGGAAUGUGGUGUGUUUCCUUCAGUGUACGGUUGAGGAUUGCUUUUUAGUGUAAUUAAAUUCCUCGGAAGCAUUUCGUUGGAACUGUUUUGUUUGUCCACACAAUUAAUUUAAGCUCUGGGACUGUAGAGAUUGUUGGUUUAAAAAAAAAAUAUAAUUUCAAAUGUCUCACAUAUAAUUCCAGCAAUUAUUCGUAGAAUACUCAAAAUAGUAUCUUUGAACCCCAUCGAAAAUAUACCCAAAGGUAAAAUUAUGAAAACCAUUUUAUUUUUGCUAUUGAAGUAAAUACGACGAGAAGGAGGAUUUGUGUAAAUACAUAUGUGUGAAUAAAUACGAUCAUAUAUCAUCUAAAACUAAAAUAUUAAAUUUUGUGCGGUUUUAUGUAGAAACUACAGAGAAAAUUAUAAUGUAUGAUGAUGACUCUAACCGUAACACUGAUCCAUAAAAUAUGUUGUGUACAGAAAAUGUGUUGCUAGUUAGAUGGAAAAUUUGAUUAUUUUUAGAAAAUAAGAAGUGGUGGUGUGCUUGUAUAUAUGUGUAACAUAACCUGAAGAGCGUGAAGAAUUUGGUUGAGAAUUAUGGCCACAACAUAUGGCCGACAGAUAUCAACGUUGGUGCAGCACAGAACUGAACGUUCUCAUGUCUCCUCCGAAAGAACGUUACGUGCCAUUGGACGAGUGGGACAGGCGGUUAGCCUGGCGGUUGAACGUUUCGUGACGGUGGGCGAAACAAUUGCUGACGAUAACCCAGAAAUAAGGCAGGAUAUGUAUGAUGCAUGCAAGGAUGCUCGUGCAGCAGGUUCAUCAAUCGAAAGGUUGUGCGAAAUUACAGUCACCGACCCACUCGGAUAUGACGGUCCAUUAGCUGAUCGAAGUGCGAUGGUGCGUGCUGCUAGGGGUUUAUUAAGUUCGGUAACACGAGUUCUACUAUUAGCUGAUAUUGUAGUUGUGAAACAACUGCUGUUAGCAAAGGACAAGGUGGCAAAAUCUUUAGGUAGACUGGAAUCAGUCGCAAAUUUCACCGAAUUUGUGAAAGCAUUUUCGGUAUUUGGGGCGGAGAUGGUUGAAUUAGCACAUGUAACAGGUGAUAGACAAAAUGACCUCAAAGACGAACGAAGGCGAGCACAAAUGGCAGCCGCACGGCAAGUACUCGAACGAUCUACAAUGAUGCUUCUGACGUCGUCAAAAACAUGCCUCCGCCAUCCGGAAUGCGGAGAUUCUCGCGAAAAUCGUGACACCGUUUUUUGUCAAAUGCGACGCGCUAUGGACCUCAUCCACUAUGUAGUUAAGGACGGCAUCAUGAAUGCGACGAGUGAGCGACGACGAUCGGUUGAUUGGGAUACGGAACGGUCGACAGCAUCAAGUAGCUUACGUAUGUUCUCUCGCCUGAUGGAGCGUUCACGACCACGUUUCGAAGCAGCGAUUGCAUCGACUUCUUCUUCUUCAGCGGCCAAACCAAGUAGUAGUGACAUAUCAUCAAGUAGGGACGGAAUUAGGGACGAAAUGACGAACGGUAGAAAAGAGCUGAGUCGAAGCAAUAGCCAAAGGGAUAGGCCAGCCAAUCAGCACACCAAGACUAGAAAUUAUUUGAGUUUAGAUCGUGAACUACAGACGUAUACGUCGAAGAACGACGCUAUCAAUGCAGAGAUGUCCAUUUUAUCACCGCAAACGCGUGAGGAACUUAUGGCCGCACUCGAUAAGGUUGUGGAAAAAACACAAGACUUUACUGAUUCUGCCUAUACAACACACGAGCAUCGAGAAAAUAUUCUUUUACUAUGUGACCGAGUCAAAUUAGAAUUAAAUCAAUGCCUUCGUAUGGCAAUUAAUAUGGAACAAUUUCCGAGUUCAUCGUUCGACAUUGAUACAGCUGUGGACAGUGUUUUAACUGCUACACAGGAUUUAUCGAAUCAACUUUUUAUGGCUGUCGCUGAUCAAACAUCCGAUCUGGGACGGGUCAUUAAGCAUGGGAUUGAUAUGGUGCAUUCACUUCGGACAAUCGCCUUAAAUCAAGAGCUUGAAAAACUGCAAGAAUGUGCCGAUCGCUUUCAUGAUUAUAUUGAUCAUAUCCUCGAUGUUUGCAAAUUGCUGAGACACAUUGCCUUAAGUGAAACACUUCAUGUUCAAGCCAAAUUCACCGAAAUUAAUUUAAGAAUUUACGGACCACAAGUUAUUACCGCAUGUAGAGCCCUAUCGAUGCAUCCUAACAGUAAAAUUGCCAAAGAAAACUUAGAAGUAUUUGCUGACAUGUGGCAAUGGUUGGCUAGUGACGUCAAUGCCAUCAGCAAAGAAAUUAUUGAAAUGGUACAAGCACUGACUAAGCCUGAUCGCACUGAAUAUUUAAGUCUUCCGAGACCAGGAAAACACGGUACCACAUCGAAACCUUUGAAGCCAUCACAAUUGGACCAGGAGGAACAGGAAAAAAUUGCCAAAUCGGGACUGGAAAUGAAAAUGUUAACAAACGAAAUGGAUGCAGAGACUGAAAAGUGGAACGGAGAGUCGGACGAAAAUAAUGACAUCGUUAAACGGGCCAAGAACAUGUCAUCGAUGGCAUUUUCAAUGUAUCAAUUUACGAAAGGCGAAGGAACGCUGCGAACGACGCAAGACUUAUUCACCCAAGCGGAAUAUUUUGCCGAAGAAGCGAAUCGAUUGUACAAGGUCGUUCGACAGUUUUCUUAUCAGGUACCUGCUGGUGACUCCAAGAAGGAUUUGCUGGACCACUUAGAUAAGGUACCAACGUAUGUGCAAACGUUGCAAUUUACUGUCAAAGAGCCCACAGUGGGCAAGGCGGCAACAUUCCUAAAAGUGGAUCAUGUCAUAAAGGAGACGAAGAAUUUGAUGAAUGUCAUCAAUAAAGUUGUGACGACGUGCUUUGACUGUGCAAACAAAUAUAAACUCGACUUUAGUGGAUUAUCUGGCCGAACGGGUGGUUCGGGUGGUUCACGUGACGAUGAAGGUGGAACGGGUGCCGCCGAUUCGAAAGGAUCAUCGACCAGCACUGAAGCGAGUAUGUGUAGAUAUGGAAUGUCCAGAAGGGGCAAAGGUGAUGCACGGAGAACACGUGUAUCAUUUCUGUUAUUUUAAAAAUUUACAUUUGAAAUUUGAUAAAAUCAACGCCAAAACAAAUCAUAUUUUUCGUUUUUUUUAUUGAAAUUGAAAAUCAUUGAUAGAAAAUUGUAAAUUUUUGUAACUUGGUUUCAUCAUGAUGUGUAGCAUUUAUCGGUUUUUGUAGUUAGGCGGCUAGUGAAACAGUGACUGUUAAAGUUCGGGCAUUCACUGAAUGGAGUAGACGAAAUAUGAAAUAUUCGAUAUUCGACGCUUUAAAUGUGAGCUUAAAGCUUCUUUAUCGAUCUUUUUCGAAAGCAAUGACGGGUGAUAUUUUAUUCAGAGAAAUUUAUCAGUCCGAAGCCUUAACAUGCACUCGUUGUCCCAAAUGCUAUUUUUUAUUUUUAGUAAACGUUGAAAGUGAUAUCAAAUUAAUAAAAAAAAGUAUAACAACAAUCAUAACGUAGAUUACCUCUUAAUAAAAUAGAAAAUUAAAAAAAAAAAAUGAAACGAAACAAAAAGAUAAAUUGGUGGAUUUUGUGAACAAACUAAAAAAAAAUUGUAAAACUUAUGCGUGACGGUUACGUCCGGUGGUUGGCGGUAACCGUCGAAAACAUGGAUUAUGGUAUUUGUAAGGAAAAUUAGCUACGAGUAUACAAAUUCAACUAAUAGAGAAAACCUUUCAAUUCUAAUAUUCAAUCAACUUAUAUUAAAAUUUAAAAACGCAUCUAGGAGAGCUUAGAAUACAAGCAAAAACAGUGAUGAUUUAGCGACAAUUUUUUAGUCUCAAUGUGAAAUAUUUCUUCCAAAAUUAAAAUUUAUUCGGUUUAGACGAGUCAAUCUGUAUAAGAACAAAAAAAUCUUAAUAUCAAAUUUGUUAGAUUUUAGAUCAGCAAUGUCGUGGUAUAACUAAAAGAAACUUUUUUUAAAAUCUAUUUCCUUGAUCAUAAAUCAAAUCAGUAAAAUUGUUGUAUAGACAUUAACGUUCAACUUUGAAUACUUUACACUAACUGGAUUUUAAUACAAAAUGUUUUAAUUUUAUGAAAAUAAAUCCCUUUCCAUUAAAAUUUGUUGGAUGGGUGGGUUAGUACCCGAUCAUCAUCUCAAUCAUAUCCACAAAAUCGUUGUAUCGAAACGAUUAACUCAAAGGUAACAUUUAGAUCAACACAUUACAUUAUCUUAUCCUUUCACAAACGACAAGCGCAUCGCCUGCGGUACGUCAGUCAGUCAAUCGAUUUAAAGUUUUAGGCUAUCACGCCGAGGGGUCAGGGACUUCUUUUUUCGAAAGAUUUUUGGACUAGAUAUAACAAGUCCCGAGUCAAAACAAGCGCUACUGCCUGGUUUACUUUACUCUGCCGUGGUUAUUUUGCAUUCGAUAAAUGCUGUACAUUGGAUCUACUUACUUACCACUUCCACGGCGCUACGUCCAACGUCCACUACUUGACCUGGUCCAGAAUCCGGUUCCUGAGAUGCAACACGUCAGUUUCAUACUACUAGCGCAUUCAGAUCCGUAUUUACGUUAUCACUCCAUCUGUUUUUCGGCCGUCCGACCACUGUACUGCCUGCUGGUUCUGAAUUAAAUAGUUUGAGGUAGGUUCUUGUUUCAUUCAUUGCUCAUUCAUUAGACGGCCCGAACAUCUCAAUCUGUUUACUUUAAGAUCCGGAAAAUUCUUUUGGUUGUGUAUCUAAAUAGAGGGAUAUUCAUCUGUUAUCAAUAACGACGACACACUCAAAAUACCAGCUCUGUCUAAUGUGUUCAUAUAUAGCCAAAUACAUGUUUAAAGAAUUGAAGUGAAAGAUUUCGCAACAAUUUCUUUAAACUUUUGUUAGAUCAAAAGAAGUAGUAGACCCUAUAAUCAUACCGCCGAUAAGCUUGCCGUCUCUGGAAGGUUGAUGCUCUACCAAUACUUUGCUCUACUAAUGAUUCCUGUAGUAGAAAACGCUUUUUGCUAAUAACAAUAUUUCCCCUCUAAAAACAUUCAUUAGAAAUUACCUUUUCUUCUAACAAUGUCGCACUCAGCAGUUAAAAAACGAUUACUGACAAAAAACAGACUGCGUGACAUUUUGUACAACUUUGAACCCUUUCCUAUUUGGCAUCUUGCUACCAUUCGAAACCCAGAACGUUGGCUUACCAUUCUGCAGUGCUUACCCAAGCUUCAUGUCCUCGAGGUCGUACACUCAUACUGUGUAUCAGAAAUGCAGAAUUUAAAUUGUUUUUUUCUAUUUACACUUUCAGCAGGUAGGCUUAAUAAAUCGUCGAAGCCAUCGAAUGUCGUACGUGACGCUCCAAAAACGACACGGAUUCAAUUAGGAAAAUAUUUUACACGAUAAACAUUGUUUUAAAAUGUCAAUGUAGCGUUGCAGUGAUG